UCAAGACGUAAAAAGCAUCGGGAUAAACCCCAUACCAACAGAAUCACCGCAUCAUCUACCAAUCGAGCAGAGUCCUCGAGAAAAUCAGCAGCAGUAGCAGCAGCACAGGAAGCGAUCCUCCGAAGGUCCUCCUAUGUUCCUACAACAGGGAGGGGGUGGGAAGGGAACCAGACCACAGUCGACACACCAGACGAACCACAGCCACCAGGCCCAGCACCAUCAGACGGCGCACUCGCACCACCAUCACCUCCAGCAGCAGCAUCAGCAACAGGCAGUUCAGCAACAGCAGCAGCAACAACAGCAGCAGCAGCAGCAGCAGCAGGUGCGGAGUAGUAUCCUGCACCAGCAGCAACACCAGGAGCAGCAGCAGGCGGCCCACGCCCUGUUUGUCCCGAAUCACAGCGGCCUACACCACCAGCAGCAGCAGCAGCACCAGUUGCUGCAACAACAGCAGCAACACCAACAGCAGCAGCAGCAGCAUCACCAUCUCCAGCAACACAUCCAGCAGCAGCAGCAGCAGCAGCAACAACAACAGCAGCAGGUGCAGGCACAGGCGCACCACCAACCGGUCAUCUUCUACCCCCAGCCAACGUACGCCGCCCACUCCGCGCCGACCAGCAACAAUGGCAGUGGCGGCGGCGGCGCUGCCCUCCAACUGAGCGCCGCCGCCAGCAGCAAUUCGCUGGGACAUCCCCACAGCAAUGCCCAUCAUGGUGGAGCCAAUGGCGUGGCUCCCGGGGCGAGCCUAACCCGUGCGCUGAACAACCCAGCCCUGCCGCCCCACUUCCCGCAGUCAGCUGGUCUGAAUGCGGGUGGUGCGGGUACCUACAUCUCCGCCACCUAUUUACCCUACGCCCAGACCGGUCAACUCCUGGGCAUGCAGCCGGCGGUUGCCUUUCCCACGAACGGAGCGGCCGGAGCUCCGGCCACCGCCUUCUAUGCACAGCAGCAGCAACCGCAGAAGCAGCUGCCGCCGAAUGGCCAACAGCAGGGACCUGGCGUGGCAGCUGGAGCUGGCCAGACGCAGGCAAUUGCCUACUACCACAUGCCCACGGCACAGAGUAGCGGCGCGAACAACGUGGCCAGUGGCGGCAACUCGCACAGGGGCAAUAUGAGAGGCGGCCAGAGGGCUGCGGCCACCGCCCAGCAUCCCAGCUACUUUGCCACAUACGCUGUGGCGCAGGCAAGUGCCCCGCGUCCCGCUCCCGCAACGGUGGCUCCCAUUAUGAACACACGCAACGGGCCGCUGAACGGAGCGCCGGCCUUCCAGUUUCAGCCCAACUUCAUUCCGGGCCUUACGCUGGGCGCGCCAGCCGGGAUUGCGGCGGCUCCCAUGCUCGCUCCUGCUGGCCUGGCUGCACCACCGCCUCCCCAAACGCCGGGUGGGUUGCACACUUAUGCGCCGCACUUGCAGACGAGCAGCGCCACAGCGUUGCCCAGUGUGCCCAGUGGGGCUGGAGUGGCGGCGGUGGCCAGUGGAUUUUCAACCACUUCGCUGCCUACUCCGCCGGUGGCAACGGCCCAACAAAUGGUGACCACCACCAACGACAAGACCGGCAAGCGGAAAUACGCCAUUCCCAUCAUCCAUCCGGACACCAAGGAGAACGUGAUGGACACGGUGUUCAAGGCGAAGGACUCGAACGCGACGCUAACACCGAACACGGCCCUGGAUUCGGAUAGCACCAUGUGCCUAUUUCAGGCGCCCAUUGUCAUGGACUCCGCUUCGGGCUCGUCCCUCGUCUCCGGCGUCAUGGUGGAUGAGCAGAUGCAAACGGUUAAAUCGGCAACUUCCCUCGGCCACCACUCUGUAUCCGCGGAGAAGUUGCCUGCCAUGAUGUUUGCCGAGGAAGCGGCUGUUCAGGAAGACGACCUGUCGUCACCUUCACCCGGUGCCACGGAUAAGGAUAAAAUCAGCGUUAUUGUCAAGGACUUACUACUGGCUCACUCGGGCAACGCCGAUGACCAUCUAAGUUUCUGGCAGUACAGUGACGUGGACAAUGUCACAGAGACGCACGAGAGCCUGCCGUUGGUACACUCGGAUGUGAAUCUGCCCGAGGCCAUCGACGCGGGUCAGCAGCCCGUCCUGUUCCAAGAGCAAGCCAAGAAGCAGCGCCCCAAAUCAGCCAACAAGCAAAGUACCGCCACGCCCACAUCCAUAGCGAAUGACGUGGCCGAGGCAGCGGCCAGCGGAUGCCCGGGCAUCUCCAUCCUGUCCAGAAGCCAGCCGAUGCUAGCUCCAGCAGAUCCCCCGACAACACGUGUGGCCCAGCAGAAGCCAACCAAGUCGAUUGCCACCACAGCUGUUCCGGCGCCGACCAAGUCGGUCCUUCCGCCCGCCACCUCGACCACAACCAGUUCGGGGGCCUCCUCGUCGGCAGCCUCCACGCCGACACACACAUCCCGACAGUCACAACAUCAGCAGCACCAGCAGCAGCACCAGCAGCAGCAGCCAGUGAAUCUUCUGCAGCAGGGCAAGCAGAUCCCUGGAAGACCAUCAACUGCAGCAACACCGGCUGCCUCACGCAUCUCGGCUGCCGUCACCCUGCUUGCUGGAACCACCGCCAUCAGUAAUAACACCAACAACUCGACCAAAAAACAGGUUAAGGCCCGGAAGCGAGCCAAGGAGCUGGAGAAAAAGAAACAAAAAUCCUCGAUAACAACCACCACGAGUAGUCAGGGGCAGAACCAGAACCAAAACAACAAUGGCAAUGGCAAUGGCAGGGGCAACGGCAACGGCAAUGGUAAUGGCGUGCCAGAGAUCAACACAAACAACAACGCUGUUGCUACCACAACAACAACAAACACGGUAACGACAACGGCAACGGCAACAACCAAAUUAGGAACGACUGCUGUCGAUGACAAGGCGAUGGCGCAACCGACGACUGAUAAGCUUAGUGCAACUAGUAAUAAUCCUAACGUAAGUUCUACUCUAAGAGACAAGCCGCUGCUCAAUCCCAAGGAGCAGUUGGCGAGCAACAACAACAAUGACGAGAAUGACAUCGAUGCGGCGGAGGAGGACAGCGAUCCUGAAUCUAACAGCAAAGAAGACUUCAAUAGCAUGUCGAAUAAUCCGGAAGGCAAAUCAGAAAAGCACAUGGCCAACGAUGAGAUUGUGGCCAAGUUCCUGCAAAAGGGCAGCCCCAACACAUCCGCUAAUCCGUCGGACACGCAGCAGCUGCAAUUCCUCAACAGCAGCAGUUCAGUGUGCGAGGAUGAUGAACCAGUAACAGUGGGCGCUGGAGACGUGGGCAAGGUCGAGGAGCAUGUUGUCGAACUGAAGUUCGGGGAUUUCCACGAGGAGACGCGCCACGAAACAGGUUUCAUAUGCAGCUCCACCUGGUCGAGUUCGACGCUCAGCAAGGCAGCAGAGGAUGAAUCCUCGCAGAGCAGCCGGAGUGCGGAUAAUGUGGACUGUGCACCCAAGGUUAAUGCACCGAUUGCGGGAGAGAAGAGCGCAGGCAGCAAGAGGGGCUCUCCACUGCAUCAGGCAGCCGGAAAGGCGGCUUUGGGAUCUCCGAAAACGAGCCAGUCGAAACUUCCGCAGUCGAAAAGCUCCAGCCCCGCUCCCGCUCCCGGUCCAGGUCCAGGUCCACAGGUGCCCAGAAAUCUACACUAUUCCAUCGAAACGUUGCGUGAGCUGUCCAAGCUAAGCGACUCGCGCAAGCCACCCAUGGUGCCCUGCCAGAAGGGUGACUGCAUCUCGCAGUUGUUCGUCUCGCGUCAGCAGCAACCGCAGCAGCAUCAUGCUCAUGGCGGGCACGGCCAGCACGUCCAGCAGUACCAGCACAUGAACUUCAACGAGUCGAUGGACUAUGUGCCCGGCAAGCGCGGACGUGGCCACGGACCGAACAAGAAGCACCACGACGGACAUCAGCAGAUGGGCGGCUCUCUUGGCAUGGGCAACAUGGGCGGUGGUGGUGGUGGCGGCGGCGGUGGUGGAGCCAACUCGAGCCAGCGACACAUGGACAUCAUUCGGGUGCAGCUAUCGCUUAAGGAGGAGAUCAAGUUGUCGGAAUGCGAGAACGCCUGGCAGCCGGGUACGCUGCGUCGCGGGUCCAUGGCCAGUGGCCAGGAUCACGACGACGACCACGAUGUCGAGGGCGUUCUCAAGAAGGUGCGCGGCAUACUCAAUAAACUUACGCCCGAUAACUUCGAGGUGCUGCUCAAGGAGAUGUCCAGCAUCAAGAUGGACAAUGAAGCCAAAAUGACAAACGUCAUGCUGCUGAUCUUUGAGAAGACCAUUAGUGAGCCGAACUUUGCGCCCACCUAUGCCCGUUUCUGCAAGGUGCUCUUCCACGAGAUCAAGGCCGAGAACAAGUCACUCUUCACCAGCUCACUGAUCACACGCAUUCAGCACGAGUUCGAGUCGAAUGUGAACGAUGCCAACGCGAAGGCCAAGAAGCUGCAGCCCACAAUGGAUCGCAUUAGCCAGUGCACGGAGCCGGCUAGAAAAACGGAGCUGCGCGCCGAAAUGGAGGAUCUGGAGUACCAGUUCCGUCGUCGUGCCUGGGGCACUGUACGCUUCAUCGGCGAGCUCUUCAAGCUGCAAUCGCUGACCAGCGACCGAGUGCUCAACUGCGUGGAGUCACUGCUCGAGCACGGAUGCGAGGAGAAACUGGAGUACAUGUGCAAGCUGCUGACCACGGUGGGCCAUCUGCUGGAGGCCAGUCAGCCGGAGCACUACCAGCUGAGGGAUCGCAUUGAGAAGAUCUUCCGCCGCAUCCAGGAUAUCAUAAACCGUUCCCGCGGAACGGGGCACCGGCAGCAGGCGCACAUCAAGAUCAGCAGUCGAGUGCGGUUCAUGAUGCAGGAUGUGCUGGACCUGAGGCAACGCAACUGGGACCAGCCGGCGGCAGCCACCCAUCAAUCUGGACAGCAGGGUGGACGCGGACAGCGGCACAAGCAGCACGACGAACCCAAGGAUCAGCCGCACCACAACAGUGGACGUGGCGGUGGCGGCGGCGGCGGCAUGAACCACAACCAGCAGCCGGUGCACCAUCAGCAGCAGCAAAAGCAUCACCACCAACACGGACACGACGGCGGCAAUUACUUCAUGCAGAAGAUGCCCAACAAGCAGCACCACGAGAACCAGACCCUCAGCAUUGAUCCCAGCAAGCUGCGCUUCAGCAGCAGCAGCGCCAGCGACGAUUCGUCCGCCAAGCUGGGCAACCCGUCGCACUACCAGUGGCGCUAUGCGGGCAACCGUCCGGUCAGCUCGACGCCCGCGAACGCGCCCAGUGUCCCGACGCCGCCACCGCCGACGUCCUUGCUGAAACGUCCGGGUCAAAACUACAGAUUCUCGCCGUACCAGCAGCCACAAACGCCACUGGGAACACCCCUGCCGACGGCCGCCAAUGCCGGCAACAGAAGCCAUGUGGAAAGCCCGCAGGAUGCCGGUUUCGAUGGCAACCAGUGCCAGGGUUUGAUCACCAAGCUGGUUGAGGAGGCGCUCAACACGCGCGACUGGCAACCGGAGGUGUUGACCAUUUGGCGUGCGCACAGCGGUACGCAACAGUCGAAAACUCUGCAUUACCUGCUGAUGGAGUAUCUGCAUCGGCGGGAGGUGAAGCGGCAGCAGCGUCAGGCCUGUGCCAACGUCUUUGCCUAUCUGAUGGACAAGGAGGCGGUGGACAAGGAGAUCUUCGGGCAGGCGUACGCCAGGUUUGGCGAGGAUUUCCCCGAUCUGCUGGUGGAUGUGCCCAACGGUUGGGGCUAUGUGUUCGAGUUCCUGGGCCCCAUCAUUCACGCGGGACAGUUGGACCUGAAGGAUCUGUGGCAGCGCCGCUGGCUGGACAGUCCGGUCUUUACGGAGCGCUUUGUUUACGCCUUUGUCAGCUUCUUUGUGCAGGAAUUCGGAGCCGCCUAUGCCCGCAAGUUGUGGCACAACGACUAUAAGCUGGACCGCGGACAGCUCUUCUGGAACGAUGUGCGCAAGUAUCGCGAUUUUGUGCAGUCGCACAGUUUUUACUUUCUGGACAACGGACCCGGCCAGGGUCAGGGACAUGGUCAGGGACAUGGCCAUGGACAAGCCAAGGCGAAAGCACCCACCACGCCUCGAUCGCCGGUGGAGCAUGUAGAGCGGAUUAGAUACCUGCUGGCACUGUCCUGCGACAUGGCCAUCGACUACAUCAACACCAAUGUGGCCAUUAACGACAACUUUGUGAGACAGCUCACUAGAUUCCUGUGCUGUGAUUUCGCGAUGAAUGUGACGACAAGUACCCACAACAACAACAACAAAAGCGGCGGCGGCAACGCAAGACCGUUGCAGCUGAACACGGAGAGCUUCCGCAGCCGGUGCACUCCACUGCUGCGGCUUUGUAUCGACGCCCAGGAGGCGCUGGAGAUCGCUUGCAUUGACGAGGCCGUCGAUUCGUUGCAGCAGCACUUCAUGGCCGAGCUAGCGGAUGAGAUGGCCGCCGGCGAGACCAUUUGCAGUACGUUCAGCGUAUUGUACGAGAGCGAGGUCAUUCCCAAGGAGUCGUUUGACAAGUGGUACAAGCUGGAGAUUGCGCACUCGUCGGCCUACCGACGUCCCUUCAUUGACAAACUGCGCGGCUUCAUCGAGAAGAUGUAGAUGAUAGCAACAAGUAAUCGAACCGAUUGAAACCAAACAGAACACCACAACGAAGCAAACAACCAACAACAACAACAACAACAAGAACAACAACAAGAACAACAACUGAAGCAUGCAGCAACAUCGUUUGAAACGCAUCCUCAGACUAGGCGCGGUCGUAGGUGUCCAGUCACGAACAUAACUCAACUAACGAUCAGUCUAAAAUAUAGCUUGUGAAUCUUGCAACUCACAGUGGAUGACAUGCGGCGAGUGUCUCCCUAACACACUUGUAUGUUGUACGACGAAUAGAUCUGUCAAAACAAAAAAAUUUCUUGUUUUUUAACACAGAUAUAUCCUUUGCAAACGAAACCCUUCAAGACACAUUAUCCAUUUCAUUUGUAUCACAACACGUUCCUUAAAAGAAAGCCAAGAUUAUUCCCUUUCUAUGACUUGGUCAUAAUGCAACGCAAAGAUAAACAUAUUUACAACACAUAACUCGUAUGAAAUAAAAGAAAAUUAAAAAAACUACUUAUAACUGAAUCUCCGAUGUCGGAAAUAUUUUCAAGAAAUCAAAUUCUGACAACGCGUUACCCCAGAAAAACAGGGUAUCUCAAUAUAAUUAUGUAUAAUUACAUAGAGACUAUUCACUUUCGUAAACCCACAGUAUUUCGUUAAUCAUUUAAAUUAAAGCGGACACCAUUUAUAGGCUUAGCUGCGUAGCUUAGCAUACUUUUCUAGCCUUUAAACGAAUGUUUGUUUAUUUUACCUUUCAGUACAAAGACCAAUGAAUUCGUAUUGUUUGUUUGAUUUAUUAUAAACCAUUAUCAACAUUUA